CAUUAUUCAUCCGCGUUUUAAUAUAUAUCUCCAAAAUCAUCACGUAAAUAAGAUUCCCCCAGACAUCUACAAUGCUACGCCUAUAAAAGGCAACAUUCCAAUGCACAACUCUCACUAUACAACCAUUCAUUCUCUCUCUCCCUCUCUCUCCGUCGAAUUUCUUCGAAAAUAUACAGACAUUUUAACAGAAGUAACCCCGAAAAAAAAAGUGAGAAAAAUGGCCGAGAAUAAUAAAUAUUCGAGUGAGUUAUUAUCAUCUACAUCUCAACAACUGAUCAAGAAGAUGAUUCCUCAGCUAUUACUCUCGGUUUCGCUAUUUUCAUUCUUGUUUUCGUAUUCAGCCUACUCGCCGAAGUUUCAAUUGUUUUCAGCAAAGUACUAUUUCCAAUAUCUAAUGAGCCGUACGCUGAACAAAAACUUCUUGUUCCUUAUAUGCAACGGGCUACUGGUUUUCCUAGCUAAAACAUCGGGCCUUGUGCGGGCCCCGUCGGAGUCUGACGACUUGCUGCACAAGAAGAUCGGCUUGGAGCUGUUGAAGAAAACCCUUCUUGAUAAAUACGUCUCCGGCGAAGUAAUUAAUGACGAUGACCCAAAACAAGAAGAACAAGAACACAAACACGAGCAAGAAGAACAAGAACACGAACACAAACAAGAAGAAGGGAAGAAUGAUGAAAGUCCGAAAGAAGUCUCGAUAUUUGUGGCUGAGAGUGAAGAAGAAGAUCAAGCGGAAGAAGAAGGAGGUGCGUGUGAUUUGGAGGAUGUGGAGAAAGAUGAAAAUGGAGCCGACGAAGAUUCUUCUAGAAUUUGCUGGCUUUUUGAUGAUGACGAUGAUGAAGACGACGACGAAGAAGGUGAUGAAAAAGUGGAGUUGAGUACGGAAGAGUUGAACAAGAAAUUUGAAGAUUUUAUUAGGAAGAUGAAGGUCGAGAUUAUUACUGAUCAGGAGGCUACUACACACAAGGCCCUCAUGCAUGCUAAUGAUCAACAGCUUAGUUAGUUAUCAAUUAAUAAAUAAAUUAAACCAUAUAUAUAUUGCUUCAAUAGUUUUUAUUUAAUUUUCCUAUUUAUUGUUCAUUUGUUAAAAAAAAUCUUGAAGUAUAGCUGAAUAGAUGCAUAGAAAUAUCAGUCUAUGUAACAUAAUAUGAAUAAUAUAUAUACUUUAAUUUUCUGUUU